UCCGUGUCAGAGUUCAGGUUCGACUUCGUCUUCGGGGGGGAAAUCAAUAUGGCGGCUCACAUGUCCCGCUGUAGAACCUGGAAUCGUGUUCAAAGGUUCGGCGUAGCGGCGUACAGGAAGUACAGCAGCGGUGGCGGCUACCCCAACAUUUCGCUGUCUUCGCCGCUGCCAGCGAUCCCCAAACCCGUCUUUGCGUCCGUGGAUGGGCAAGAAAAGUAUGAAACCAGGAUCACCACCUUAGAAAAUGGCCUCAAGGUGGCCUCGCAAAACAAGUUUGGGCAAUUCUGCACCGUUGGAAUAUUGGUCAACUCCGGGUCUAGACAUGAAGCAAAAUACCCCAGCGGAAUUGCACACUUCCUGGAAAAACUUGCUUUUUCUUCCACAGCUCAGUACGGGAGUAAAGAUGAGAUUCUGCUCACGCUAGAGAAGCACGGAGGGAUUUGCGAUUGCCAAACGUCCAGGGACACCACCAUGUACGCGGUGUCAGCCGAGGUCAAGGGCCUGGACACAGUGGUCGGCCUCUUGGCCGAUGCCGUCCUGCAGCCUCGCCUAUUGGAUGAGGAGAUGGAAAUGACCAGGAUGGCAGUUCGUUUCGAGCUGGAAGACCUGAACAUGCGGCCGGACCCCGAGCCUCUGCUCACCGAGAUGAUUCACGCCGCGGCGUAUCGAGGCAACACUGUGGGCCUCCCGCGCUUCUGCCCACCGCACAAUGUGGACAAGAUAGACAAGGAGGUGCUGCGUGGCUACCUGUCAGCCUACUACCGUCCCGAACGCAUGGUGCUGGCCGGCGUGGGCGUGGAGCACGAACGGCUGGUGGACUGCGCCAGGCGUUACCUGCUAGGCACGCGGCCCGUCUGGGGUGAUGCUGCCCCACCCCCAGUUGACCGAUCGGUGGCGCAAUACACCGGUGGUAUCGUCAAGAUGGAGAAGGACAUGUCUGACGUGAGCCUCGGGCCCACGCCCAUACCUGAACUGACGCACAUCAUGAUAGGGCUGGAGACCUGUUCUUUCCUGGAGGACGACUUCAUCCCUCUGGCGGUGCUCAACAUGAUGAUGGGCGGCGGCGGCUCCUUCUCGGCGGGAGGUCCCGGCAAAGGAAUGUUUACGCGCCUCUACCUCAACGUCCUCAACAGGCAUCACUGGAUGUACAAUGCCACAUCGUACCACCACAGCUACGAGGACAGCGGCCUGCUGUGCAUCCACGCCAGCGCCGACCCCCGACAGGUUCGCGAGAUGGUGGAGAUCAUCACGCGGGAGUUCAUUCAGAUGACUGGAUCAGCGGGAGAGAUGGAGUUGGAGCGCGCCAAGACGCAGCUCAAGUCCAUGCUGAUGAUGAACCUAGAGGCCCGGCCCGUCAUCUUUGAGGAUGUCGGCCGCCAGGUGCUCUCCACGGGAAAGAGGAAGCUGCCGCAUGAACUCUGCGCGCUCAUAAGCUCAGUGAAGGCGAGCGAUAUCAAGCGAGUGACUGCCAAGAUGCUGCGCGGCAAGCCGGCCGUGGCCGCCCUGGGCGACUUGACAGAGCUGCCUUCCUACGAGCACAUCCAGGCAGCGCUGUCCAGCAAAGAUGGACGCCUGCCACGCACCUAUCGCCUAUUCCGAUAAAAAUAUUGGAAAAACGGAAAAAACAGACUGAACUUCCCCAGAUGGAGAGUUGAAAGGAAGUCACCCAUAAAACUCGCAAAUAUUUAUUCUUUCUCUGUGAGCUUCACGGUUUUUCUUAAAGGAACAUUUGAUUUUUUUGUUUGUUUGUUUGUUUGUCCGUAUACAACCAAAAGCUGCGUUCACACCAAAGUUGAAUUAUCAUGCGCUACAACGCCUAGCAGUUUUGUGUUGACAGAGACCUUACGUCGGCGAAAGCAAACAACUUCUGCAUCACGUAACGUCAAAAAUAUAAUAUUUUACUUUAAGAAUGCUCUUACAGCUGAUCAAAGACACUGUACAGCAAUGUUGUUUUUGGCAGCCCUUAUAAUUUUCGUCUGUCUUUUGGACGCAAAUACUUAUUGGUCUUAGAGUUUAGUCAUUUCAAAAUGUUCGUCUUCAUCAAAUUUUAGUUGAAAAUUACUCAAAAUGUUUUCAUCUGUAAACUUGAAAAGUUUUAGUCCAUGAAUUAAUAAAUAAAAGGUUUCCAACAGUUUUGAAUGAACUUUGACAGACGAGCACAUAAUUGUAGCAUUAGCAAGGACAUCAUCUUUGUGAUGAUAAAACGUACUCCGCAGGAAAGGGAUGCAUUAUUUUCAAUUAAACUCAUCAGGACGCGAACGCUAUGGUAGCGCUACAAGUUACAUUUAGUGUGUGAUGAUCACUAAGCACAGCCCUUUAAAGGCUAAAGCAGCAUGGCUUAUCCAAACAAAACUUACCAAGCAGCACCUGACAUGUGUUUCACAGAAGAAAAGGCUGGAGCCUGUAGAGGACACCAGUGAGUAAGCAUGUGUGUAUGUGUGGGCUGGUGUGGGGUGCAGCUCGUCACAUGAGUUACACAACCAAACACUGCUACGAUGCGUGCUAACUACACAUGCGAUAAGAAAAUGUCACUCAUUGUGAACUUAUGACUGAAACGAUGGCGAAUUUUCAUCUUGUCUCGUGAGACGAAAACUGGCAUUCGUCUCGUUAUGUAUUUAGCUCGUCGUCAUGAAAAAUUUGUUCUUCGAUGAAAUAUUUUUGUUAUCGUCAUAAUUGACGAAAACAACACUGCUGUCCAGUUAAAACAAAGAAACCAGCAAAACUUAAGCAGAAUAAAACAAAAGAUAAAAACAGCCUUAUUUUAAAACGUGGGUUUUUAGCAGUUUUUUGGAAUGUAGGAAGGUAUGAACAGGUGUGGAUGAGUUUAGAGACAGUUCAAAAUAGUUUGUUGUAUAACCACAAAUUUUGUAAUGUUGCAUCGUUUUUGUAAUAUUACUAGUUUUUUUUUUCUCCUAUUACCAUGUAUGACUUCUAGUAGUAUUGCGACUUUUUUGUAGUAUUGAUGUAUGACCGUUUUUGUAAUAUUUUCACUUAAAUUUUGUCAUAUUACAAGUUUUUCCUCAUAUUACGACUUUAAUCAAAAAUACAAUGUGAUUUUCACGUAAUGUUUAGACUUUAAUCUCGUAAUAUUAGUCAAUGGAAUCUGUCUUUUCCCCUUGUAAUAUUACGUAAAGAUAUCUAAUACAAUCACUAAUCUGGUAGUAUUUUGUAUCUUAUUUUUUUUUCUUGUAAUAUAGUGAUCGCUUGUUACUUCACGCCCUCAGUCCAUCGCUGAUUUAAAAAAAAAAAAAAAAAAAAAAUGCAGUAUUUUAUAAAGCUGUCCUGAUCCAAUCACAUAGUCUCUCACUCCUGCCGCUUUUCUCGGUCAGGCAGUCCACUGGAGUUGCUUAUUAAAGUUAACGAUGAUUGUCAGACGAUUAAGACGUGAUCUUGCUUGAGACGCUUCAAAGCGCUGCAUGCGUCAAUCAUCGUUUAACUUGUUAAACAGUUGCUGUGGCAACUCAUCGUAAGUGAGCAGCUUAAGAGGAUUCACUCGAUUAAGCAUUUAAUAAAACACAAACAUUCUUCUACUUUAUUCUUGUUUAAAAAAUAAUUCGGUGGGACAAUACUAUGUUUAAAACAAUUAAAUUUAAAGUGCUUAAAAAACAUUAAAAUAUACGUAGAGUAUACACAUACGUUUUUUUCUUACACUUUUGGGGGGGAAAAGGGAAAAAAAUAUCUCUUUCCAAUGCUAAACCUGAAUAAAAAUAUUGAACACAAAAAUUU